UAUCUCCGUGUAUUGUCGGUAUCUUCCGGCGGCGGUCGGGUCGGUUCGGUACCAGCUCUCUCCGUUGCUCUCGGUUUAACGGCGGACAGUCCGGAGCUGCAGGAACACGUUCAUGGAAGAAACGUGAGGUUUUACCGGAGACGGACCGGAGGAGGAGGAGGAGGAGGACUUUUCCCGCGGUGUGUUGCCGUGGCAGCGUGAUGCCUUGGGAUGGAGGAGGCGGAGCACAGCCGCUACGUCGCCCAGCUGAAGGCCGAGUUCGACAGCUGCGACACGACGGCCACGGGCUUCCUGGACCGAGACGAGCUGACGGCGCUCUGCGGGAAACUGCAGCUGGACGCUCACCUGCCGCUGCUGCUGGACACGCUGCUGGGAGGACGCGCCUACGCCAGGGUGAACUUUGAGGAGUUUAAAGACGGCUUCGUGGACGUCCUGUCCCGCUCGCUGGACUUCAGCACGUCAGGGGACGACAGCAGCUACCUGGAGCCAGUUGUUCCAGAGGAGGUGAAGCCGAAGUUCGUGAAGGGGACGAAGCGUUACGGACGGCGCUCCCGACCCGACAGCCGGCCCGAUGCUGCUGACUCAGAGGACUCGCCGCCCUCCAGAACCGAGGCCACGGACUCGUCCCCUGCCGGCGUCCGCAGGGCCAAGCUGAUGCGGUCCACGUCUCUGGAGAGCGUUGAGAGCCUGAAGUCUGACGAGGAGGCGGGAAGUCCGAAGCAGAGCGUGCAGCCGGACCUUCAGUCUAAAGGUCCUCAGCAGCAGCAGGAGGAGGAGGAGGAAGAGGAGCAGAUGGGCGAUGCUGUCGGAGGAGGAGGAGCGCGCGAUCACCUGCAGCAGCUCAGCACAGAGGAGCUGGACGAGCUGCUCAGGAAGCUGGACCCGGACCCGGACGGCAGAGUCAGCAUCAGGGACUUCAAGAAGGCUCUGCGUGGCUCCGCCCCCGUCUCCUGCUCCACCCCCGUACGGUCAGCUGACCUGCAGAGGGCGCCGCUCAGGUGCCAGGCUGUGUCCGAGGAGCGCUCGGUUCGCUCCACCUCGCCGUCCCUGCUGAUGGCUACCGUGGGUCAGAGAGUCCUCAGCUGGCUGGACGAGGGCUCAGGAUGCACCAGCCCCGAGCGGGUCGUUGCCCUCUGGACCGAGGAGGGCAUCAGGAACAGCCGGGACAUCCUGCAGGCUCUGGACUUCCCUCUGGAGGAGCGGGUUAGCCUGGCAGACCUGACUCUGGCCCUGGACAACGAGCUGCUGGUCAGCGGGAACGGCAUCCACCAGGCGGCGCUCAUGUCCUACAAGAGCGAGAUCCAGCACCUGCAGGUGGUGGCGGAGCAGGCCUGCAGGGAGCGGGACAAGGUGAAGGUAGACCUGGACCAGGCUGAUCACAGGAACCUGCAGCUGGUCAGAGAGGUGGACGACCGCCACGCCAGCAUGGAGACCCUCAACCAGAGCCGGAUCAGCUCGCCGGCGUCACCCGAUCAGAUCAGUCGCGGCCUGGGUGGAGCGGGGCUCAUAAAACCUUUCCAGAUGUUGAAGUCGUCGUCCUGCGUGUUUAUGGUGAUGGACGAGUUGGUAGAAGACGCUAACGACGGUGUAGAGUCCUCACCUAUACUGCUAGAUACUGUACUCCUCGAGUACUCCAACAUGCAGUACUCCAACAUGCAGUACUCUGCAAGUGGAUUUGGAGAUGAAACGGCCUCUCUCUGCUGCUUCCUGUUGGCCCGCCCCUUCCGCUACGUAGCUAAAAUGGCGGUGGUUGAGGGCGAGACGUGUCCAGCGUUUCAGCCGUUACGACCGUCCGGGUCCUCCCAGCGCUGCAUGCUUCCGUACUUCAGUGUGAACGCACGAUGCCUCAGAAUAAGCGACGUCGAGCGUUACAGCUCAAAGUGGCGCCGCAGUCUUAAACACGCCGGGAAGGUGUCGACUUUUACUCGAGGCUUCCUGCUCAGAGUUCUUAGAGGUGCAGUAGAGGCAGGAGACAGAAGUACUCAGGUGAAGUACAAGUACCUCAGAAGUGUCCCGUGUGUGAGUCCAUGUACUGCAGCGCUGUGUUGUGUUCAGGAGCAGUACGAGAAGGCGCUGUCGGCCCUGCAGCAGAGGCUGGAGGAGCUGGAGACCCGGCUGAAGGGGGUCCGGACGGUCCUGCAGGAGAAGGUCCAGCAGCUCCGAGAGCAGGUGGCGAAGAACACGAAGUCGAGCGCGCUGCUGAAGGACCUGUACGUGGAGAACUCCCAGCUGAUGAAGGCUCUGCAGGUCACCGAGCGGCGCCAGAAGAGCGCCGAGAAGAAGAACUUCCUGUUGGAGGAGAAAGUCCACGCCCUCAACCGGCUGCUGAGAGAGAUCGUCCCCGUGGCGCUCGCCACGUAGCCGCCGCUCUGACAUCAGCAGCAUGAAGGGAACAGAGGGGGGAAACUGUUAGCCUAGCUUAGCACAAAGACUGGAAGCGGGGGGAAACUGUUAGCCUAGCUGGACGCUCUGAGGUUCCAGGUGAGAUCACUGGACAACAUCACCGCACGGACCGCGUGGGAGGGAGGGGCCUGAAGAAGUGCCUGCUGGGAAAAAGAUUUCUCUGCAGACGUCUGAACGUCGAGUUUCCACCAAACUACAUUCAAAUUAUGGUGGAUUUUAAAUCACCAGAAAGCAGGUGACUCACAGGGUCGGCGUGGGGGCGUGGCCUGUUGAGUGAUGACUCAUCACCUGAAUAAUAACUUGUAUUCAGCAGGUGAGUGUUUGUCUGCUGCUCACAACGAAGGAAAACCAGUCGCAGCUGUACACACCCGUACUACCUGUACACACCUGUGUGUACAGGUAGUACAGGUGUGCACAGGUAGUACAGGUGUGUACAGCUGUGCACAGGGUGUUACGUUACUUUGUUUUUUGUAUUUUAAAUGUAUCUUUGUGCCGUCUGGCGUCUGCAGGCAGCGGCUGUCACAUGUUGUGAGACGCCCUGCUCUGAUUGGCUCUCUACCUGUUCAGGUACUGACGGACGCUGUAACAUGAAGCCACAUUAAAUUAUGUUUUUAUCGCA